AUGGGACAACCUGAUUGCCCAGAAAUGAACAAGACCCUUUUAUAGACGUGGAUUUCAUCCUCGCCCUGUCGAUGUUCGCUUUAUGGUGUGUACUACGGAGUACGUACUGCUGGGUUCCACAGAUGGACCUAGCUGAGUCGAUGCCCCCCAUACACCCACCCGAUCAACAGAUCUUCCGACCCAGGGAUAUGUGUCCUCCUGCACGGCUAUAGGUGGUGAAAUUUCUUGACGAUCGGACUGUACUCGCAGUGGUAGCCUGAACCAUCGACAUUUUCGCGGAAUUUCUUUUUCUUUUUUUCCUUUCUGCUCCUCAUAUUGUUCAUUUCUUCAUUGAUCACUGCUCUGUACGUCUAGCUACUCUUUAAAUAUAUUCCGCAAUAAUGAAGGCUCCCUCAAAUACACAAUCCAUGCACCAAAUCUGCCUCAGCAAAAGCCGGGAUGGUGAUGCUUUGGUGCUUCCAACAGAGGCCGAUGCUCAUGUCCGGAGACAGGAAAAGCUCCUGGCGGAAUCGAGUCUCGAAAUCUCCUGCCCUCGCGGCGCAUGGCCCAAGGAUUCACACCUCAGCUUCUCCCCUCAUCCGAUGAUUGUAACUGAACGGCAUAACGCCAGUGUUCAGGCCAUCCAUGACGCCCUGGUGCUGGCCGUCACCCAUAUCAUCGAGCGGUGGUGGACCGAUCGUGGUGCCAAAUUCCCUCAGCGGAUGCCGCUAGAGCCGCAGGAAGAAGCGCUUUUGCAGUGGAUGGACACUUUGGAUUCAGAUACCCUUCCACCGUAUCGUGAACGCCGAGGAUCCUGGCGACCGGACUUUCUCGUGGAGAAAGUGACGGACCCCAUGAACCCAUCAUUGACCGUUGAACAAUUCCGUGUCUGUGAGAUCAAUGCCCGGUUCUGUUGCAAUGGCCUCUUGCACGCGGCGCAUGGGCAACAGGCACUGUCCGAUCUGGGGGCGGAGGAGAAGGGAUUUGCUGGCGCCACUGAUCCAAGCCAUCUUUUAAACGGCCUGUUUACUCUAUUCGAUCCAACGAGACCCUUGCACCUUUUGAAAAGCCAAGAAGCCGGAAUCGAUAUACCCAUGUUCGCGCACUAUGCGGAACACCUCAAAGGCGUUCGUCUCGCAUUCAUUCGCCCAGAAGACCUGAGAUUGAUUCCCGACGAAAAGGCCAAGCUCGGACAUAGAUUGUGCUGUACUGCCAAAAUCCCAGGCAAUAAUAACACAGAGUGGUUCGUCUACAACGGCGAGACACUCGAGGAAAUCCACCAGGUUGGAUUAGAACUGUACCAGCACGAACUCCGAGGAUUGUCACCGGAGAUAAUGCGUGCUUUGGCAGUCCGCUGUUUCAAUGAUAUGCGAACUAUAUUUUUCGUCCAUGAUAAACGACUUCUCGGAAUCAUCCACCAAGAGCUCGAUGAUUUAGUCCACAAACACUCCGUCUUGACGGCCACACAGGCAGAGGUUCUUCGCCAGGGCAUCACACCCACCAUGCUAGCCGGAUCACCGGAACUCGACGCUUUCGCCAAACAAUGUCGGGCAAUUCCCACAUACAAGGAUGGAUUCGUCCUCAAGCCCAUCCGGAGUGCUAAGGGAGCGGGGAUCUUAUUCGGGGACGAAUUAACCCCGGAAGAAUGGGAGGCCAAACUUGGACAUCUCCGUGAUGCUUCCAUUGUCCCAGGUCAAGUGGAAUACAUCGUGCAACGCCAAAUACGGCAGAUCAAAUACGAUGUCUUCAUGCGGGAACGAGAAGGCCUGCAGUCCAAUUUCCUCAUCGGAACUUACCAUGCUAUACAUGGGGAAAACCUGGGCCUGGGGGUCUGGCGUAGUGGUCCUGGAAGGAUUUGUGCUAUCAGCCAUGGUGGUGCGUGGAUGUGCUCCGUUAUGCCGACUGGCUUGUUUUAGUAUCAUUCAUGAUUAGAAGUCUCCAACACUUGCAUUUGUAGAUAUACAUUUUCUAACC